CAAGAUGGCGGCGCCCAGUUGUUCCUAGAGCAAGUACGUGGCUGGGCUGAAGAGAAAGACUUCAGGGGAUCCCGGUGGAGGACUCUGGUGUAGGGUAUACAGUUCCUUUAUGGGAGUCUACCCGAGUGUGUUUGGUUUGCACAGGAGUGGCCGCCGGCCCCUUGGGUACGGAGAUCUUGGGGACGGCCCUCCAUCCGCGGGCAGCAUAUAAGCUGAGAUUCGGUGAUUCCUCUUUGCUGAAGCGGGUAGUCCAGGAGCGCGCUCGACCGCAGAGCCCUACGGACAAUUGUGGGACCCGGCAGUGUACAACUCUUGAACUUCUUUGGUGAAACUUAUUCUUAAGUAUUUUAUUCUUUUUGAUGCUGUUGGGUGAAUGAGAGGGAGUCUCCACACCGAAGCAGUGCUGCAAAGAGUGGCUCUGAGGAGGCAGCUGGAGUGUCAAGAUGCUGUCCAGACCAAAGCCAGGGGAGUCCGAGGUGGACCUGCUGCGAUUCCAGAGUCAGUUUCUCGCAGCUGGUGCAGCCCCAGCAGUACAAUUGGUGAAAAAAGGAAGUAGGAACGCUGGCGAUGCUAACCUGGACCAGCCACCCCUGGAGGAUCAUCGGGAUGUGGUGAUGCUGGACAAUCUCCCAGAUUUGCCCCCAGCUUUGGUUCCUGCUCCCCACAAAAGAGCCAGGCCCAGCCCUGGCCAUCCCCUGGCUGAACAUGAGGACCCCGAAGAGAGGCUGAACAGACAUGAUCAGCACAUCACUGCUGUCUUGACUAAGAUUAUUGAGCGAGAUACAAGUUCAAUGGCUGUGAAUCUGCCUGUGCCCAGUGGCGUUGCAUUCCCUCCUGUAUUCCAUCGCUCGCAGGGGAGACAGAGGAAGCCAGCAACAGCUGGUAAGAAAAGCAUCUUUGCCCAGGAAAUUGCAGCAAGGAGAGUGUCUGAAGCCAGAGUCCCACCUAUUAAAGAAGUUGUGUCUAGCCUGGACCCACCAGAGGGUUCUGUGACCUGUGAGUCACUCAUGCCUACCGAGCAGGACUACCAGCUUCCAUGGGGCAGCCACAGCUUCCAUGGACCCCAUCUGGUCACAGGGAAGGGGCUCAGGGGCCAGGAGCCUGAGCAGGAAGCCCAGACUAUCCAUGAAGAGAACAUAGCAAGACUGCAAGCCAUGACUCCUGGGGAGAUUCUGCAGGAACAGCAGCGGUUGCUGGCUCAGCUUGAUCCCAGCUUGGUUGCUUUCUUGAGGUCUCGCAGCCACACCCAUGAGCAAGCAGAGGAAAAGGCCACCGAGGAGCCAAGGCCAGGAGGACCCUUUGCUGAGGUCACUGGAGAGGAGUCCAUUAUGCCAACUUCUGCCAAUGAGUCCAGGCAGGAAGAUAAGCUGGAGCCAGGAGCGCCAGUUCCAGCACUCCCUGUAGCACCCCACAAGGAAUGGCUGCACAUGGACACUGUUGAGUUGGAGAAGCUCCAUUGGACCCAGGACCUGCCCCCACUCCGACGGCAGCAGACACAGGAGAGGAUGCAGGCCCGAUUCAGUCUUCAAGGAGAACUACUGGCCCCCGAUGUGGACCUACCCACCCAUUUAGGACUGCACCACCAUGGAGAGGAGGCAGAAAGAGCAGGGUAUUCCCUACAGGAGCUGUUCCACCUGACGCGCAGCCAGGUAUCCCAGCAGAGAGCACUAGCGCUGCAUGUGUUGGCCCAGGUCAUUGAAAGGGCCCAGGCUGGUGAGUUUGGGGACCGGCUAGUGGGCAGUGUCUUGCGCCUCCUUUUGGAUGCUGGUUUCCUCUUCCUACUGCGCUUCUCCCUGGAUGACAGAGUGGAUGGGGUCAUCGCAGCUGCUGUUCGGGCUCUUCGGGCUCUGCUGGUGGCUCCUGGAGAUGAGGAACUCCUUGACAGCACCUUCUCCUGGUAUCAUGGAGCUUUGGCGUUCCCUCUUAUGCCCAGCCAGGAGGACAAGGAGGGCGAGGAUGAGGACGAAGAGCCAGCUGAAAAGACAAAAAGGAAGAGCCCUGAGGAAGGAAACCGGCCUCCAUCUGACCUGGCCCGAUAUGAUGUCAUCAAGGGGCUUCUGGCCACCAACCUGCUGCCUCGGCUGCGCUACAUUCUGGAGGUGACCUGCCCAGGACCUUCUGUGGUCCUUGACGUCCUGGCAGUGCUCAUUCGCCUGGCCCGGCAUUCCCUGGAAUCAGCCACAAGGGUCCUGGAGUGCCCUCGGCUUAUAGAGACCAUAGUUAGAGAGUUCCUGCCCACCAGCUGGUCCUCUGUGGGGGUGGGGCCUACCCCCAGUCUAUACAAAGUGCCCUGUGCUGCUGCCAUGAAACUACUUCGUGUCCUGGCCUCGGCUGGUAGGAAUAUUGCUGCCCGGCUGUUGAGCAGCUUUGAUACCCGGAGCCGGCUGUGCCGCUUUGUAGCUGAGGUUCCUCAGGAAAUGGCCUUGCCCCCAGAGGAAGCUGAGAUGCUGAACACUGAGGCCUUCCGUCUAUGGGCUGUGGCCGCCUCCUAUGGCCAGGAAGGUGGCCUUUACAGGGAGCUAUACCCAGUGCUGAUGCGGGCCCUGCAGGCCAUGCCGAAGGCGCUCAGCACCCACCCCUGUCAGCCCCUGUCCAUGCAGCGCAUAGCCUCAUUACUUACUGUCCUCACCCAGCUGACCCUGGCAGCUGGCAGCACUGCCCCCAAAGCCAGCAGUGACUCUGCUGAGGCCAGUCUGUCGGCCACCCCUUCCUUGAUCACUUGGACACAGGUGUCUGGGCUCCAGCCUCUCGUGGAGCCAUGUCUAAGACAGACCUUGAAGUUGCUGCCCAGACCUGAGAUGUGGAAUGCUCUGGGCCCAGUGCCCACUGCCUGCCUGCUCUUCCUGGAUGCCUACUACCGGGCCUGGAGCCAGCAGCCAGGCUUGUGCCCAGGAGAUUGGCUUCAGGACAUGGAGCGCCUGUCGGAAGAGCUGUUGCUGCCCCUCCUGAGCCAGCCUGCUUUGGGCAGCCUGUGGGAAUCCCUUGGGCGCUGCUCUCCUCUCUGCAAUCCGCAGUACUGUGCUCCGGCCCCUGAAGCUCUCCCCAGCCUCGUGUCACUGGGCUGCACCAGAAGCUGUCCCCUUCUCAGUCUGACUGGCUCAGCCUCUCCCUUCCCGGUCCUCACUGCCCUCCUUUCUCUUUUCAACACCGUGGCCCAGAUCCACAAGGGGCUAUGUGGCCAGCUGGCCGCCGUAUUGGCUGCCCCAGGACUCCAGAACUACUUCCUCCAAUGUGUGACUCCUAUGGCUGUCCCACACCUCACACCCUUCUCUGCGUGGGCCCUGCGCCAUGAGUACCACCUGCAGUACCUGGCAAUCAACCUGGCGCAGAGAGUGGCAGCAUUCCAGCCAAUGCCAGCCACCAGUGCUGCCCUGCAUCAUGGCAUGGCCUUGGCCCUGCUGAACCGGCUACUGCCUGGAAGCGAGCACCUUGCCCAUGAGCUACUGCUGAGCUGUGUAUUCCGGCUGGAGUUCCUCCCGGAAAGAGCAUCAGGGGGGCCGGAGGCAGCCGACUUCUCUGACCGACUCUCCAUAGGGAGCGGCAGGGCCUCUGGGUGUGGGCGAGGGGCUCUGCUGGCUCAGGCCUGCCAGGACCUCCCCAGCAUCCGCGGCUGCUACCUGACCCACUGCUCCCUGGCCCAAGCCAGCCUGCUAGCCUCUCAGGCCUUGUACCGAAGAGAGCUACAGCGAGUCCCAGCACUGCUGCUCCCCUUGCCUAAGGAGCCACUUCUGCCCACCGACUGGCCUUUCCUGCCCUUGAUUCACCUCUACCACCGGGCCUCAGACACCCCCUCGGGGGUCCCUCCAGCUGACACUAUGGGCACAGCCAUGCGGGCCCUGCAGUGGGUGCUAGUCCUGGAGAGCUGGCGCCCCCAGGCCCUCUGGGCUGUGCCUCCUGCUGCCCGCCUGGCACGGCUCAUGUGUGUGUUCCUAGUGGACAGUGAACUAUUCCGGGAGACCCCAAUACAACGUCUGGUGGCAGCCCUCCUGGCCCGGCUCUGUCAGCCUGAAGUCCUGCCAAACCUCAACCUGGAUUGCCCACUUCCUGGCCUGGCGUCUUUCCCUGACCUCUAUGCCAACUUCCUGGAGCAUUUUGAGGCUGUCUCGUUUGGGGACCACCUUUUUGGGGCUCUGGUACUCCUUCCUCUGCAGCGUCGGUUUAGCGUCACCUUGCGCCUCACCCUCUUUGGGGAGCACGUGGGAGCCUUGCGAGCUCUGGGCCUGCCUCUGACCCAGUUGCCUGUAUCCCUGGAGUGCUACACGGGGCCUCCUGAAGACAACCUAGCCCUCCUUCAGCUCUACUUCCGGGUCCUGGUUACUAGUGCACUUCGUCCAUGCUGGUGCCCGGUGCUCUAUUCUGUAGCUGUGGCUCAUGUCAACAACUUCAUCUUCUCCCAGGACCCAAAGAGCUCAGACGAAGUAAAGGCUGCCCGCAGGAGCAUGCUACAGAAAACUUGGCUGCUGGCAGAUGAGGGUCUCCGGCAGCACCUCCUCCACUAUAAGCUUCCUAAUUCCACUCUCCCUGAAGGCUUUGAGCUGUAUCCCCAGUUGCCCCCUCUGCGUCAGCAGUACCUCCAGAGACUGACCUCAGGGAUGCCCCAAAAUGGGAUAUCAGAGACCUAGUAUAGCUGCUACAGAUGAAGAGAUGGAUAUAUUCUCGUGGGGUUCCCCAACAGAUGCCUGGCCAGACCCUCUGUGUCCUAAGGGUGGGCAGGAGACAAAGGAGCAGUAGAAGGCUUGCCUUCCUGAAAGCAGGCUAUUUGAGCUUUUUUUGAGCAGGGUGAGCCCUAUCAUUAUAUCCUGAUGUCUGGAGCCCAGGAUCUGGGACUUCUGAGGGUCUAUGCUGGGAGUGAAGAGUGACUUAGCUAUCUACCCCCUCUUGGGGAUAAGACAAAUUAAGUACACCUCUUCCCCCACUCCCCCACCCCAGACUAGGGUAUGUGAACUCUAUAGCUGUGUACUGAAAUAAAUUUUUUAUCUUCUG